UGAGGUCUAUCAUUUGGACAUAUACUCGAUCCAAAAGCGAGGGGACAAUUGGGGAUGUUCCCUCGUAAGCAAUACAAAAAUCUUUUUAGAUUUGUUAGAACUUUUCUUGUGUAUUAUUCGUACUUCAAAGUAGGGCUGAGACAUAAAAGAAUGCAAUACAGUUCAAUCUGGGUCCUAUCAAAAAGCAUCAACUUGUUCGAUUUUGAACUCUAGUUUUGUUAUUAAUCUCAUAUUUCGAUUACAAAACUAAUUUUAUUUUUUCCAGAAAAAUGUAUUAAAUAUUAUCGUAUGAUAUAUUAAUACUAAAUUAUCUAUAAUCUAAGAAUAAUCUACAAUUAAAAAUCUUUUCGAUUUUUCAAAAUUCAUCUGCGAACGAUCAUUAUAACAAUAUGGAUCGAAAAAAAUGAUUGUAUUGUUGAAAGAAGCGUUUUACAAUAAAAAGAAACUAUAGUAUUGUAAGAUUUCUGAGCUUCAUAACUAAAUUUAAAUUUGAGACCAGUGUCCGACACCGGUCACUUUUUUUGUGACCCGAUCCGACCCGAGCUCAGAAAAAUUAGACCCGGCCCGACCCGAGCCGAGCUCAAAAAUGUUUUUCGUAACCCGACCCGACCCGAGGUGAGGGAUAGUUUUUGGCCAAUCAAAGUGAGUUUUUUUCAGACAUUGACAAUCCUCUUAGUAAAUCGAUACAUAUUCUAUAGGUAUUUGAAAUAACGAAAUGAUUAUCUCAUCUAGAAUUGCUACUUUCCUUAUGUGAAGUUGGGAAUUCGUAAAACUUUUGUGACCCGAUCCGACCCGAGGUCAAGUAUGUUUUUCGUGGCCCGACCCGACCCGACCCGUGUCGGACACUGUUUGAGACUGAAAUAUUUAAAAAUAACGAAAUUAUAAGCGUGGGAUAGAAAAAAAAAAGAAUAUAUUUUGCUUUUAAACUAAUACUUUACUCUUGUUUUAGUGGAUUCUAAUCUUCUCAAAGUGACGGAGUACUUAUCUCAAUUAAAAUCAAUAGCAUUGGAUAUGGGUGAUAAGAUAGGGUCGCAAAUCAAACAAAUCGACCGUUUGUGCAAACCAUCAUUAAAACGGCUCCAAAAUGUGCUCUGUGAAAAGUCAACAUCUGUACCAUCGCCAUUACUAUCAUUGGCACCAACUGAAUUUCAACACGAAAUCUCUAUGAAUAUUGCAAAAUCGACAACAUCUGUUUCAUCAUGUCUUGUUGAUAUUAAUCCAAAUAAUGAUAUGGCUAAAAUAUCACCGAUUCCUUCAUCAUCUGUGACUUGGCAGUCGCCUCCUCCACCACCACCACCACCAUCACCCCCACCAUUUGUACCACAACAACUGCAAUUCAGACAAAGACAAAUGGCAAGCAGACGUAGAGAUGGAAUAUUAAAGUCAUCUUCGCUGAUCAGACCCACAUUUGAUGCACCUAUGAUGACUUCCAUGUUCCAUACAAUUGUUCCCGAUGGACUUUCUAGAGUAUCACAAGAAUCAUCUAGCGAGACGAUUCCAAAGACGAUAUUAUCGGUUUCAUGGAGAAGAGAAUUGCCUAUCAAUCGAUGUUCAACAAUGACCGAUACUAUGAAUAACAAAAAUCCGUUUUUUAUACCUACAGAACCGCAACCGAUGCAAGCAUAUGCGCCUGUGUUUGGAAAUGCUGCUUUUAAUGCUAUCGUUUCUACUCCUCCUCCUCCUCCACCACCACCACCACCACCACCUCCUCCUCCUCCUCCUCCUCCUCUACCUAAACUACCGCAAAGACAAGCACCAUCAUCAUCAAAAUCUUUACUAUCACAGACGGCUUCAUCGCGGUCUCUUAUCCCAAGCGACUACAUGCAGACACUAAAAAUUCAGUCGAACGGAAGUGCCCCAAUGGUAAAGAAACUCACUGGUAAACAUGAUGGUAGAGCUGCUGCUAUGGUCGAAGCACAAAGUUUGAAGGAGAACACACAAAAUGAAGUAUUAGCAUCGGUUUCGUCUUGGCUCUCUUUAAAGCAAGAUAUAUCAUCUGAUAAGGCAUCUGGAAAAGUUACCACUCCAAUAAAAGAAUCAUGCAAAAUCGCUAGCAAUAAUCUCGAUCGUAAUGCUAUGCAAGGCUUGGAAUGUGUACGUUCAGAAUAUGCAUCGAUAUUCAAUCGAAUAAGUGAAACAGAUACCCUUCACAGAAUUAAAGAAAAACAGUAUAGCCCUCAUUCAAGAAUAAUAGCAGAAGCUUCAGAAUUGAAUGCACCGAUCCAUGAUCUACUCCUCAUCGAUGUUUGUCCACUUAGUAUAGGCAUUGAAGAUAUUCAUGGUUAUAUGCACAAAAUAAUUUGCCGUAAUACAAUGAUUCCAACACGAACUCAACUUUUCCCACUUUUCACUAAUGCUUAUGCAUAUCAAGCGACAGCUACUAUUCGUAUAUUUGAAGGUGAACAUUACCUCACGAAAUACAAUACGCUCUUAGGUAUAUUCAUUCUUAGUGGUUUAACAACCAAUUUUGCUGCGAGAACUUUGGAAAUAGCUAUUCGUAUGAAUAUUGAUGUCAAUGGUGUACUUCGAGUCGAUGCUGAAGAGCCACGUUCAAGUGCUAAAGCUUCAAUCACUAUCAAUGUCAAUGCUCAAACGAAAUUAUCGAGAGAUGACAUUGAACGACAUCUUACAUUUGUUCAAAAUGAUCCAAAUUUCGCAGCUAAAUCUAGUCAGUAUUUAAAAAAAAUGAUACUUACUUUUGUUCAAUUUCGUGUUUUAGUUCAUGAUCACAAACUUGGUGAUACAUUAUACAUGCUUGAUGGACAAAUUGAGACUAUAAAUCAUAACUUUUCGGGUGAACUUACUACAUCUUACGAUCGAAUUCCAGGUAUUCCACUUCUCGGUAAGCUCAAAGAAGUUCGUUUUACAAAAACUAUGAUUGAAGAACUUUUUCAACGUCAAUCCAAGAUAGACGGUUCAUUUAUGUUGAAUAAAGAUUUGGCUGAUGUACUUCAUAUUGACAUCGAUAUUUUCAAUAGUCUUGAGAAUUAUUUACGCGAACAAGGUUUUAAUUCAUUGGCUUUGAACAUACGCAACGAACUUCUUCGUUUGAUUGGUACUGGUAUCAUUCUUCUCUGGCUGAUUCUUCAAAUAGAACCUGUACUACAAAAUAUGUCUCAAAUUUUAAAUAAUACCGAGCAAAUCAAAACCCAACUUUGCAACUAUUUGCCAGUUGUCAUGACUGAACAAAUUAACAAAGCUAUCUUAUUUUAUCAACAAACUAGCCAACGUAAUGAUAAACAUAGAAAAUGGUUCGACGAAUUUUAUCGUACAUUACAUACAUUUACAACUGAUUGUUUUCCAUUGAAAAGUAGAAAAUUUCAUACAGGUACACAAGAAUAUCGUGAUUAUUACGAUCCAAUAAGAAAAAUGUUAUCAGCCCUUGAAUUAUCAUCAUCAUUUACAUUAUUUGAAGAUGAAAUUCUUUCAUCAAUAAAUCGUUUUAUAAUUAAAUUAAACGAUCAUAAUAAACAAAUGAAUUUUGCUUGA